UUGCUCUCGGGCGCGGCGCGGGCAGCCUUGCGGAGGCCUCGCUGUUAAGGGCGGCCGCGGCGCCGCCUCUUCCUUUCCGUCCCGGUCGCCAUUUGCAGGGCACACGCGUGAUCAGCCAAAAUGACGAACACAAAGGGAAAGAGGAGGGGGACACGUUAUAUGUUUUCAAGGCCCUUCCGGAAGCAUGGAGUUGUCCCUCUGGGUACCUAUAUGCGCAUCUACAAGAAGGGCGAUAUAGUUGAUAUCAAGGGUAUGGGUACUGUUCAAAAAGGUAUGCCCCACAAGUGUUACCAUGGCAAGACUGGAAGAGUAUAUAACGUUACUCAACACGCUGUGGGCAUUAUUGUUAAUAAGCAGGUCAAGGGCAAAAUUCUUGCCAAGAGAAUUAAUGUGCGCAUUGAGCACAUUAAACAUUCCAAGAGCAGAGACAGCUUUCUGCAGCGUGUGAAGGAGAAUGAAAAGAAGAAAAAGGAAGCAAAAGAAAAAGGCAUUUGGGUUCAACUGAAACGUCAGCCUGCUCCACCAAGAGAAGCACACUUUGUGAGAACUAAUGGCAAGGAUCCAGAGCUGCUGGAGCCGAUUCCCUAUGAAUUUAUGGCAUAAUGCUCAUUAAAAAAAAUAAAGGUCUGGUUUUGGACAAGUGUA